CUUCCGUCCUGGUGUGGGUGUUUCCGGCUCCCCGCUGACCCGCGGAGCGCUGUUGGCUGAUCGGUUCUUCAUGGAAAAAACGGGGGAUUUCGAGUAGAAAGCGGCGCUUAUGUCCGAUUCGGGGCGAGCGGGUCACUAGUCGACUCGUUGGCCGUGAAGGCGGUUCUGUUCGGACUUGCUGCCAAACCUGCGGCGCCUUCGAAGCACUGCUCUUAGCAUUCUGCGCAUUUGUUCCGACAUAGCUGUGCGUGAGUGAGCACCGGCCAAGAAAUAAUGUCCUGUGGUUGAAGAUGGGCGGCAGCGGCUCCAAAGUUAAAGGUUACUGGCCCUUUUCUGGCUCAGGCGGUGGAGAUGAACCUACCAAAGAGGGCAAGGAGCAGACCCUGGCCAGGGUCCGGAGCUUCCGAAACGGGACGCCCUUCGUGUUUACGAGGAGGAGCUCCAUGUACUUCGAUGAGGAUGGCGACCUGGCUCACGAGUUCUACGAGGAGACGGUGGUGACGAAGAACGGCCGAAAGAAAGCCAAGUUGAAAAGGAUCCAGAAGAACCUCAUACCUCAGGGAAUCAUAAAGCUGGAUCACCCCUGCCUCCAUGUAGAUUUCCCGGUAAUCAUAUGCGAGGUUUGAUGGAGGAGAACCGUCCCAGAUCGUGUGCACACUGACGACUCCGUCCCCUCCUCCCACCUUGUGUGCCAGAUCCUGGAUUUUCUCUGUGUAGCGCCCCCAAGAGGCCGCUCUGGCUCACUGCAUGCUGGUGGACUUGUAGUGGGCAGGCUGGGGAGACAUUGACCGCGUGUGAUUUGGGAAAGACGAUGAUCUUACUCUGAUCUGUCUCCAGAUCCGAUCUGUGAGUGAGAGUAUUGGGACUUCGCUCUAGAGCCUGUGUGGGUGAUCACCGAUGUGGGGCGACGCUUUAGUACCUCGUCCUCUGUGUUCUGUCACUAUGUUAUAGCUGUAUAUGUGGAAUGUGUGAAUGGACUGUUCUUUUCUUUUGAGCCACGCUGCUCUAGAGCUGAUUUAUAUCAUUGCGCCAUUCUAGAUCAGUUUGACAGUUCCAGAAUGCCACAAAAGGUUUUUAACGCUUCUAGAAGUCCUUGAAAUGUGUUCUACACUCUUAAAAAGUAAAGGUUCCUACUUCGAUUUAUGCUUCUAGAACCUAAACUUUAAAAAAAGGUUCUUCAUACCUGCAGAUCUCACCAAAAUGAUUCUUAAAAAGGUUCUUCAGGGUACCGAAAGUGGCUCUUCUGUGCACAGCUCCAUGACACCUUUAUUUUUAGGAGUGUAGAACUGUUCUAGAACACUGUAGUUGAUGUAGCAGGAACCCAAAGCUUCACAGCACAGAUUAUAGGCCCUGGCUGUAGAAAACUUGGACAUAUUUAUAAAAUAAAAGACAGUAACUGA